UUUUCUCUCACAGAUAUGUUUUUUCCUGUUCUCUUCAACUGGUGCUGCUCAAACCACAGUUCACUGGCUGCCUGCAUCCUAUCAGAGAGCCCUCAGCUGCAGCAUGGGUGCUCUUCCAAUGCACUGGGUCUUAUGGAUGAGUGUUUUAAUGUUUGCAGGGAUAAAAAAGGCAAGCGGCUCAAACGUUUGCACCUCCAGAGGAGCCAGUACAUGCAAGCAAUGUCUGGCUGUUCACCCCAGCUGUGCUUGGUGUUUCAAAGAGGACUUUGGCCAUGGAGUUGCCAGCUUAUCACGCUGCGAUCUGAAGAAAAAUCUGAUUGCAGCAGGAUGUGAUCAAUCAAAUCUAGAGUCUCCAACCAGCAGGCUCCAGGUGAUCGAGGACCGGCCUCUCAGCAACAAGGCGGCUGGAGCAACCCAAGAUGUCACCCAGAUGAAGCCGCAGAAACUGCACAUCACUUUAAGACCAGAUGAUGCAAAGCGCUUCACAGUAAAGGUUCGUCAGGUAGAAGACUACCCUGUUGACCUUUACUACCUCAUGGACCUUUCCUACUCAAUGAACGAUGACCUUUUCCGCUUGAGGACACUGGGUCGAGGCAUUGCUGAGGCCAUGAACCGAACAACCAGCAACCUUCGCAUGGGCUUCGGGGCAUUUGUGGACAAACCACUUUCACCGUAUAUGUACAUCUCACCUGAGGCAGCUGUGAAAAAUCCCUGCUACAGCAUUAAUACCACCUGUCUGCCCCAGUUUGGCUACAAACACGUGCUGUCUCUGACGGAGGAAGUUGGCCGCUUCACAGAGGAGGUGAAGAAACAGAUUGUGUCCAGGAACAGAGAUGCCCCCGAGGGAGGAUUUGAUGCAAUCAUCCAGGCUGCUGUGUGCAAGGAGCAGAUCGGCUGGCGUCCAGGUGCUUCGCACCUUCUGAUUUUUACCUCAGAUGCUAAAACCCAUGUAGCUUUAGAUGGUCGACUUGCUGGAAUCGUGCGGCCCAACGAUGGAGAGUGCCAUCUGAACUCUGACAAUAUGUACAGCAUGUCAACCACUAUGGAUUAUCCAUCCCUUGCUUUGAUCACAGAGAAGAUGUCAGAGAACAACAUCAACCUCAUCUUUGCAGUAACAAACUCUGUGGUGUCCCUUUACAAGAACUACAGUGAGCUUAUUCCCGGCACCACAGUAGGAACGCUGUCAAACGACUCUGGAAACGUUAUCCAACUCAUCCUUAAAGCUUACGCUGAAAUUCGUUCUAAGGUGGAGCUGGAGCUUCUGGGUGUCCCAGAGGAGCUGUCCUUGUCCUUUAACGCCACCUGUCUGAAUGGAGAACUCAUCCCAGGCAUGAAGUCCUGCUCUGGGCACAAAAUAGGGGACACGGUCUCAUUCAGUGUGGAGGCCCGUGCUCGGGGCUGUCCCAAACAAAAGAAGAAAACAUUCAUCAUCAAGCCUGUGGGCUUCAAGGACUCCCUCUCCAUUACUGUCACCUUUGAGUGUGACUGCAAGUGCCAGAGCAAAGCCCAGCUAAACAGCCCUAAAUGCAGCAACGGGAAUGGCACCUAUGAGUGCGGCAUGUGCCUGUGCCACCCCGGCAGGUUAGGGCCAUACUGCGAGUGUGCAGAGGGUGACUAUAACCCCAUGGAGCAGGACCGCUGUAACGGGCCUGAAGGCUCCGGAGGAGCCGUCUGCAGCGGCCGCGGUGACUGUGUGUGCGGCCAGUGUGUGUGCCACAGCAGCGACUUUGGAAAGGUGUGGGGGAAUCUGUGUGAGUGUGAUGACUUCAACUGCCUGAGAUACAAAGGAGAACUAUGUUCAGGCCAUGGGGUGUGUAACUGCGGUUUCUGCCAGUGUGCACCAGACUGGCAGGGCGAGAACUGCAAUUGCUCCCGACGCACAGACACCUGCAUGUCCAACCUGGGUCUACUCUGCAGUGGCAGGGGCCAGUGUGUUUGUGGGGUCUGUGAGUGUACACAGCCAGGGGCCUACGGGGCCACAUGUGACAAGUGCCCUACUUGCCCAGACGCUUGUACCAUGAAGAAGGAGUGUGUGGAAUGUAAGCACUUCAAGAGAGGCAAGCUGCAUGACGAUAACACCUGCAGUCGAAUUUGCAAGGAUGAGAUUGUACUUGUUGAUGAAAUAGUGCUCCAUGAUACAAAUGCGGUAAACUGCUCAUAUAAAGAUCAGGAUGACUGUGUGGAGCGAUUCCAGUAUUAUGAGGACGCCAGCGGCAAAUCCAUCUUAUUUGUGGUCAAAACGCCUGACUGCCCUAAAGGUCCGGACAUUUUGGUGGUGCUUCUGUCUGUGGCAGGAGCCAUCUUAUUCCUCGGCCUUGCCGCUCUGCUGAUCUGGAAGCUGCUGGUUACCAUCCAUGACAGGCGGGAGUUUGCCAAAUUCGAGGAAGAGCGUGCUCGGGCCAAGUGGGACACGGGGCACAAUCCUCUUUACAAAGGAGCGACAUCUACAUUCACCAACAUCACGUACAGAGGAAAAGACUGAUGCUACUGAAAGAAUAAAAAAGAAAUGUAGAGCAUGAAAUACUGGACUGAUAAGAACCUUUGGGAGAGUGCAGCGAGUCUUGUGCAGCCUUCUACUGUCAUUUAAUAAUAAUGUGUGUAAAUAUGUAGAAAUUAUUCUGCGGAAGAAUUUUCUAAGUAUUAAUUUCCUUCAUAAUGGUGAAAAAUAGUUAAUGCUUUUAAGAUUUACAGAGGUUAAUUUUCUGCUCAGGCAUAAAUAAAGAAUUGUGGUCUCCUCAUA